AUGACAACAAGUAUGUAUAAGUAUUUGGUUAUAAUCUGUCACUGUCUUUAAAUACAACUUGUAAGUCGUAUCGUAAUUCUUAUAUGUAGUAUUCGAUAUCUUUAUAAGGAAUAAUUGUGGAAGUGCAGUAAGAAAAAAAAAUGCCCAUUUAUUUUUUAUAAUAAUUGUAUUAACUUCUCCAAUUAAUACUGGAUUAUAAAACAUGUUACCAAUGCCUGAACCAACACAUAUGGAUUUCGAAUUGAAAUGGGGUAUUGCCGGGGUGGGCAUGAUUGCUCACGACUUCAUCACCGCCUUAGGCACUUUGCCUGCUCACCAGCACAAGGUUGUCGCUAUCGCGGGGAAAGACCUCGAGCGAGCUGACAGAUUGGCCUCGCUACAUAAAAUCGCUACAAUAUAUGAAGGCUACGAAGCACUGGCACGUGACGAUUCUAUAGACAUCGUUUUCGUGAGUGUUCUGAACUUGCAACACUAUGAAAUAUCUAAGCUAAUGUUAGAGAACAACAAACACGUAUUGUGCGAGAAACCAAUGGGUAUGACAUACAAACAGGUCAAGUCACUGGUGGAUCUGGCUCGCGAAAAGAAACUCUUUCUUCUUGAGGGAAUGUGGUCGAGGUUCUUUCCUGCUUACGACGCUUUGGAUAGGCACAUAUCUUCUGGCGGUCUUGGGGACAUCUAUCACAUCAGCAUACAGUUUGGGGUCGAAAUUAACGACAUUGAGAGAAACUUAAUGAAGGAUUUAGGAGGCGGAGUAAUACUAGACUUGGGUAUUUACAUGUUGCAACUAGUCCAGUUUAUAUACAAGGAGCCGCCGACUGACAUCGUAUGUACUGGACACCUGAGUAAGGCGGGCGUGGACGAGUCCAUCUCCUGCGCUCUCAAAUACAAAGACGGCAGGACGGCCACGCUCGCCGCUCACACACGCGCCACCUUAACUAACAAAGCGGACAUCAACGGCACUAAGGGCACUCUUGUUUUGGAUUACUUCUGGUGUCCGACUGUGCUGCAUGUAUCGGCUGCUAACAGCACAGAGUGGAGCCUGCCGAAAGGGAAAUACAAAUUCCACUUUCACAACAGCGCGGGACUCAGCUACCAGAUACAGGAGUGCUGGGAUUGCAUCAGCAAAGGUCUAACGGAGAGUCCCAAAAUGAGUUUAGAAGAAAGUGUACUCCUAUCGAAAUUAACAGAUACUAUGAGGACGCAAAUGGGCAUUUUAGAAAACGGACUCUAACGUUGUUAUAAUAAUAGCGUUUAUUGUUUAAAUACGUAUUAUUAGGUUAGUUGAAUAUUUAUAUACUAUAUAAUUGCGUUCGAAAUAUUGUGCUACAUAGAUUUAUUUUGCUUUAAAUAUUACGAAAUUAAGUGCCAGUAUAACGGGAACAAAAGUACUUGAAAAUGUGAUAAUAAAUAUGAUAAUGUUUGUUGUUUGUAAGUUAGUUUACACACUACACGUGCACAAAUUACUUAAUAAAAGUACAGCAUUUACCUCAAGUAACUGUGAUUACAAUGUGUUGUGGAAUGGUUGUUAAUAAAAUUAUAUUCAAAUAA